UUAUCAUUCUUAACGUUUCAGGUUAAUUCGUUCGAUUUUCACGUUUUUCUUUGGAACUAUGCUUUAAUCCGAUUUCAUGUGUUAAACUUAUAUUUCUGCAAACAUGAAUACGAAUCAGGUGAAUCAAGGGACGAUUGAAAAUGGAGGGGAGGAUUCCGUCGCUGUUCUAACGCCGCCGUUAUCGUUGGAUUGUGAGUCGGGGACUGAUUAUAGAGCACCCAAUUUGCUACAUCGUAUAUUGGCUCUCUUGAAGAAUGUACGGCCAGGAUCUGAUCUCACUCGGUUUUCGUUACCACCCAUCUUCAACAUCCCCAAGUCACAGCUUCAAUGUUAUGGAGAAUCAGUAUAUUGUGUGAACAGUGACAUGCUUACAAAAUGUGCAAAUGGUGAGACCCCACUUGAGAGAUUCAUAUCGGUUGUUGCCUGGACCAUAUCUACUUUACGCCCUCUGAUGUUUGGUGUGGCUCCCUACAAUCCUAUCCUUGGAGAGACUCACCAUGUCUCGAGAGGCAACCUAAAUGUGCUACUCGAACAGGUUUCACACCAUCCACCUGUGACGGCCCUCCAUGCUACAAAUGAGAAAGACAAGAUCGAAAUGACAUGGUGUCAAUAUGCAAUUCCAAAAUUCUAUGGCACCUCCAUUGAAACUCAAGUGCUUGGAAAAAGACAGCUGAAGCUCUUGAACAAUGGUGAAACUUACGUGAUGAACUCUCCAAAUCUUGUUAUAAAGUUUCUUCCUGUGCCUGAUGUGGAGUGGUUGGGCAAUGUCACAGUUCGAUGCCAAGAAACUGGCCUUGAAGCCGAGUUGUGUUUUAAAGGCACUUCUUUUCUAGGCAGACGAGGAAAUUACAGGUCGAUUAAAGGAAAAAUUCUAUCUUCAAUGAAGACUAUUUACGAGAUCAGUGGUCAUUGGGAUAGGACUGUGACUAUCAAGGAUAUCAGCAAUGGAAAAAUGACGGUGAUUUAUAGAGCCAAGGAUGUGAUUUCUGCCAUGAAAACACCCGUUGUCAAGGAUGUGAAGGGAUUAUGGGCAAAUGAAUCUGCUGUGGUAUGGGCAAAAGUUAAUGAAGGAAUUCUGAACAAGUCCUGGGAUAAAGCAAAGGAUUCCAAGACAGCGAUUGAAGAUAAAGAAAGAGAACUGGUAAGAAACAGGAUUUCAAAAGGUGAAGCUUGGGUUCCAAACCAUUUUGUAUUAUCUAAUUGUAAACAAGAAACUGGUGAAUGGGAAUGGGAAUGGGAGGUUAAACCAAAACAUACAAAGGUCCCUCCAGCUCCUAUCAGUGUCCCUCUUUGAUCAUUCUCCCAAUAGUUAGGAUAUAUAUUGUGUAUAUUAUUGUGAAUGCUUUUAAUGUUUUUAUGGUAUAGGAUCUGGAUGUAAGUUGAUUUGAUUCAAAUCUAGAAAUGGCUUC